AACCUGGGCAGCGGCCGAGCUCUGUGGCUUCAGGGCUCGGAGAGAGGGAGGGUGGCAAAGAGAGUGAGUCGGUGCCGCCGCCUGCCCGAGGAGAGAGGAGGGGUCCCGCCUGCCCUGCGCACUUCGCGGGCCGAGAGCGUUAGGCACCCGCGAGCCUCUGAGGCCUCCCGGCCCCUGGGGACCCCGCCCCGCAGCCCGCCGGCCGGCCCGCGGCCUCUCUUCCCUUUGUGAGCGCCCCCUUCCCAGGGGUGGUGGUGGUGGCCAAGGACUGCGCGUGGGCCCGCCCGCCAAGGGGCCGCCGCGGGGGACCGAGAGGGCCUCGGCUGUGUGAGGACGGGAGGCGGCCGAGGCCCGGGACGGUUCCCCCGAGGCGGCGGCUGCGGCGGCAGCUCCCGGCACUUCCCCGCGCCAUCUUAGCUGAGCCCAAGCUCUGAGGGCGCCUCUUCGACCCCGGUCGUCCCCUCGCCCCCCCCACCCCCUUGCCCCUUGUCGCAGAGCUUGGGCUGGGCGGCUCACUGGGGCUCCGGGGUGGGGGGGGGCGGCGGUCUGUCGCCGGGCCCCCUCCUCCUCCUUCUCCUCUUCACUCCUUGCCCUCCAGCGUAGCGGCCACCGGAGAGCUGCAGGGGGCUGUGCCUGCCUACUCCGCCCCAGACCUGUCGGCGAAAGGGUGGAGUGGCAGAAGUGACAGAAAGGGGUAGGGGCGAUACAUCGUCCAUCUACUGAUUCCCUCCCCAAAUGGCCACAACAUCUGGUAUUGGGCCAGGCUGAAUGCAGGAUCCAGGAACUCCAUCCAGCCGUGUGGGUGGCAGGGACUCAGUAGUUUAUGUCAGCGUGGCUUCAUUCAUACAGAUGAACCAAGGAUUGGGAUAGCAAUAUAAAAUUAGAAUCAGACAGCUGACUGCCCAGCAGGAUGCCAUCAACUAACAGAGCGGGCAGCCUAAAGGACCCGGAAAUUGCAGAGCUGUUUUUCAAAGAAGAUCCAGAGAAGCUCUUCACAGAUCUCAGAGAAAUUGGCCAUGGAAGCUUUGGAGCAGUGUAUUUUGCACGAGAUGUGCGUACCAAUGAAGUGGUGGCUAUCAAGAAAAUGUCUUACAGUGGAAAGCAGUCUACUGAGAAAUGGCAGGACAUUAUUAAAGAAGUCAAGUUUCUACAAAGAAUAAAGCAUCCCAACAGUAUAGAAUACAAAGGCUGCUAUUUACGUGAACACACAGCAUGGCUUGUAAUGGAAUAUUGUUUAGGAUCUGCUUCAGAUUUACUAGAAGUUCACAAAAAGCCAUUACAAGAAGUGGAAAUAGCAGCAAUUACACAUGGUGCUCUCCAGGGACUAGCCUAUUUACAUUCUCAUACUAUGAUCCAUAGAGAUAUCAAAGCAGGAAAUAUCCUUCUGACAGAACCAGGCCAAGUGAAACUUGCUGACUUUGGAUCUGCAUCCAUGGCAUCUCCUGCCAAUUCUUUUGUGGGAACGCCUUAUUGGAUGGCCCCAGAGGUAAUUUUAGCCAUGGAUGAAGGGCAGUAUGAUGGCAAAGUAGAUGUAUGGUCUCUUGGAAUAACAUGUAUUGAACUAGCGGAAAGAAAGCCUCCUUUAUUUAAUAUGAAUGCAAUGAGUGCCUUAUAUCACAUAGCCCAAAAUGAAUCCCCUACACUACAAUCUAAUGAAUGGUCUGAUUAUUUUCGCAACUUUGUAGAUUCUUGCCUCCAGAAAAUCCCUCAAGAUCGUCCUACAUCAGAGGAACUUUUAAAGCACAUGUUUGUUCUUCGGGAGCGCCCUGAAACAGUGUUAAUAGAUCUCAUUCAAAGGACAAAGGAUGCAGUAAGAGAACUGGACAAUCUUCAGUAUCGAAAGAUGAAGAAACUCCUAUUCCAGGAGGCACAUAAUGGACCAGCAGUAGAAGCACAGGAAGAAGAAGAGGAACAAGAUCAUGGUGUUGGCCGGACAGGAACAGUGAAUAGUGUUGGAAGUAAUCAGUCUAUUCCUAGUAUGUCCAUUAGUGCCAGCAGCCAAAGCAGUAGUGUUAACAGUCUUCCAGAUGCCUCAGAUGACAAGAGUGAGCUAGACAUGAUGGAAGGAGACCACACAGUGAUGUCUAACAGUUCUGUCAUCCAUUUAAAACCUGAGGAGGAAAAUUACAGAGAAGAAGGAGAUCCUAGAACAAGAGUAUCAGAUCCACAAUCUCCACCCCAAGUAUCUCGUCACAAAUCACACUAUCGUAAUAGAGAACACUUUGCUACCAUACGGACGGCAUCACUGGUUACAAGGCAGAUGCAAGAACAUGAGCAGGACUCUGAGCUUAGAGAACAGAUGUCUGGCUAUAAGCGAAUGAGGCGUCAACAUCAAAAGCAACUGAUGACUCUAGAAAAUAAGCUAAAGGCUGAGAUGGAUGAACACCGCCUCAGAUUAGACAAAGAUCUUGAAACUCAGCGAAAUAAUUUUGCUGCAGAAAUGGAGAAACUUAUCAAGAAGCACCAGGCUGCCAUGGAAAAAGAGGCUAAAGUGAUGGCCAAUGAAGAGAAGAAAUUUCAGCAACAUAUUCAAGCCCAACAGAAGAAGGAACUGAAUAGCUUUUUGGAGUCCCAGAAAAGAGAAUAUAAACUUCGAAAAGAACAACUUAAGGAGGAACUGAAUGAAAACCAGAGCACCCCCAAAAAAGAAAAACAGGAGUGGCUUUCCAAACAGAAGGAGAAUAUACAGCAUUUCCAAGCAGAAGAAGAGGCUAACCUUCUUCGACGUCAGAGACAAUAUUUAGAGCUGGAAUGCCGUCGCUUCAAAAGAAGAAUGUUACUUGGGCGUCAUAACUUGGAGCAGGACCUUGUCAGGGAGGAGUUAAAUAAAAGGCAAACUCAGAAGGACUUAGAGCAUGCCAUGCUUCUGCGACAGCAUGAAUCCAUGCAAGAACUGGAGUUCCGCCACCUCAACACAAUUCAGAAGAUGCGCUGUGAGUUGAUCAGACUGCAGCAUCAAACUGAACUCACUAACCAGCUGGAAUAUAAUAAGCGAAGGGAACGUGAACUAAGGCGAAAGCAUGUCAUGGAAGUUCGACAACAGCCUAAGAGUUUGAAGUCUAAAGAACUCCAAAUAAAGAAGCAGUUUCAGGAUACCUGUAAAAUCCAAACCAGACAGUACAAAGCACUAAGAAAUCACCUGCUGGAGACUACACCAAAGAGUGAGCACAAAGCUGUUCUAAAACGGCUCAAGGAGGAGCAGACCCGGAAGUUAGCCAUCUUGGCUGAGCAGUAUGAUCACAGCAUUAAUGAAAUGCUCUCUACACAGGCUCUACGUUUGGAUGAAGCACAGGAAGCAGAGUGCCAGGUUUUGAAGAUGCAGCUGCAGCAGGAACUGGAGCUGUUAAAUGCAUAUCAGAGCAAAAUCAAGAUGCAAGCUGAGGCACAACACGAUCGAGAACUUCGGGAGCUUGAACAAAGGGUCUCCCUCCGCAGGGCACUCUUAGAACAAAAGAUUGAAGAAGAGAUGUUGGCUUUACAGAAUGAACGCACAGAAAGAAUACGAAGCCUGCUGGAACGUCAAGCCAGAGAAAUUGAAGCUUUUGACUCUGAAAGCAUGAGACUAGGUUUUAGUAACAUGGUUCUUUCUAAUCUCUCCCCUGAGGCAUUCAGCCACAGCUACCCAGGAGCUUCUGGUUGGUCUCACAAUCCUACUGGGGGUCCAGGACCUCACUGGGGUCAUCCCAUGGGUGGCCCACCACAAGCUUGGGGGCAUCCAAUGCAAGGUGGACCCCAGCCAUGGGGUCACCCCUCGGGGCCAAUGCAAGGGGUACCUCGAGGUAGCAGUAUGGGAGUCCGCAAUAGCCCCCAGGCUCUGAGGCGGACAGCUUCUGGGGGACGGACGGAGCAGGGCAUGAGCAGAAGCACGAGUGUCACUUCACAAAUAUCCAAUGGGUCACAUAUGUCUUAUACAUAACUUAAUAAUUGAGAGUGGCAAUUCCGCUGGAGCUGUCUGCCAAAAGAAACUGCCUACAGACAUCGUCACAGCAGCCUCCUCACUUGGGUACUACAGUGAGGAGCUGAGUGCACAUGGUAUAUUUUAUUCAUUUUUGUAAAACGUUCUGUUUUGUGUUUACUGAUUGGGAUGUCAUAGUAUUUGGCUGCCGGGUUUUGUUUUGGUUUUUAAACUUUCGGGGAAUUUUUGGAAAGGGGAAUUGGUAUUAAACAUAUGAAUGUAUGUGUGUGUGUGUUUAUACACGCACUCAUAUACACACACAUCAUGCAUGUGGUACAAAGAAAUUGGCUACAUAGGGGGUAUUUUCUGAACACUGCAAAAAAUAAAAUGCAGCAAAAUGGAAGUUUGUGAAAAGAUCUAAGCCUUCCUCUUUAUCCCAAAUUCUUAUGAACCACUCACAGCAGGCAGCAUUUGCUGAAUAAGUUAUUAUGGAACACCCUGCAUCCCCUCACCAGUGUAUUUUCUUUAUUAAAUUCUUUUGACUUCUCAGCCUCAUUUGGAAUGACUAAAAGAAAUCCAUAAACACUAAAGGAUUGCAUUGACUUUUUCAGGUGGUAGAAACAACUUAGUUCCUUUUCUGAAUGCUUUGUAGAUUUGUCAGUGAUUUUUGUCCAUUCAGUUGUGCCUUCUUGUGUCACAGUGAAGUGGAAGUGGCUAAGGAGAUGACGAGUUGUGUGGGAAUUGCAUUAACCUGUGAACCUGCAAAGGGGAAGUCCAGAAGGGUGAGAGGGGCCUUGGAAAGGUCAUUUGAUGAAUACGUCUGAUGUCCGAGUGAGGAUAUGAAGCCUGUAUAUCCUGGCGUUUUGUUGCUUAUACUGUGAUAUCUCAUCCUAGCUACGCUCUAGAAUCCCCAAGACCCCAGACAGUUCUUCUGCUUUAUACAAUUAACAAAGACACACAGCCAAUAUACAUCAAAUGCCAGAGGUAUUUGAAUGAUGCCAUAUUUGCAAAACUGCCAUGUAUUGAAAUUCUCAUCACACUACUUCAACAUAAUUUGUUUAUCCCCUUUGGCUUAUGGGAUUUCCUGUUUACAAGUAGAAUAGCCAAUUAUUUAAAUCUUUAAUUGCCAUAGUGAACCAGGAGUCACUGAGCCAAUGACUUUACCAGCUGCUGACUAAUCCUCAUCACCACUGUAGAUUUUUGCCACAUGCACAGGUCCUCCUUUUUUUUUUUUUUUUUUUUCCUUCUAGUUGCUAUUUUUGUUGCUGCAGUACUUUACAAACUUCUAGUUCAUUGAGACUUAGUGACUAUUUGGCAUCAUAUUAACAUCACACAAUAGGAAACACCACUUCCAGAAGUCUCAAGCCUCAGUGCUGAAGUACUACUGAAAAGGAACUAGGAAGUUUGGCAAAUUAAAAAAAGGGGGAAUGGGUGGUUAUUGUGGUCAGGGAAUCUCUUGACAAAAAGUAACAUUAUUUGGGGAGGGAGGGACAGCAUAUUUUGUUUUGUUUUACAAUGAAGGAUCAACCCAAUGUUGAAAGCGGGUGUUAUUUGGUAUUCUAUUACGUGUAUGGAAAUUGAAUUGGAGGUAGGUGGGAACUGUGAAUAUGACUUAAAGGAAAAGAGUGUCGAUUUCAGUGACAGAUUGGAGUUUCUUGCAAGUUCUUGUCCUCUGCCCAGUUGUCUUGAAGGGUCCUUGCUGCUAACACUGGAUCCUGCUUUUCAUAUAGUCAGAGAGCUCCAAGGUAGAACUAAAUCUCUCUCAAUAAUAUUCUUCAUUUAGACCAAAUUAAUGACCAAAUAAUAAUCUAUCACUGUUGAAGUCUUGGUUUUUCUUAACCGAAUUUUAAAUCUCCAGGUAUGUCAGCCCAGUCUCUACAAGUCUGCUCCUUUAAGAGUUUCUGACAUUGAUUUGAAGGUAACUGGAAGAAAUAUUAAUAUUUUAGUGUAAAUAUUUUUAAAACCAAGAUUACAGUGGAAUUUACACACAGUUUUAGAGUGUUCCCUGUAACACUCUGAUUUACUAUCCUGGUGGCCAUCCUUCAGGUGGUCACUGUUAUAUAAACAUGAAUGAAAUGUAAGAGAUUUUUUUUUCUUACUAUAUUUUUUGCAUUCAAAGACAAGUUAACAUACAAUGUUUGGAACAAAUUGAGAAAUCUACCUAUUUGGAGCAAAAUAAUUAGAGAGCUUUACAGUUUACUAAAAUGUUCAAAAAGUAUAAUGGAAUUUGAUACCUUUAAAAUAAUUCUUCAUAUAUCUGGCCCCUCUGUACUACUAGAAAAAUAAAACAGGGAAACAGGUCAGUUUUGUGUGCAAAACUCUUUAAAUCCCAAAUACUACCAGUGAUACAUUUUAAAAUCCAGUUGUGAAUGUAAAUUAGUGAAACUGAAUUACUGAGCCCAUUCAGAGUAAUAUGUAUUUAUAUAAAAGCAUGAUUGAAUCUUGACUCCAAAUGUCUGUCCAGUAGGGCUUUUAUUUAAUUGUGUGGCAACCAGUUUUACAUAUAGGUCAGGACUAUUAAUCCAGAUUUAUACUAUUAAUUUUUAAUUCAAAUAUAUAUAUAGUUUGCAAAAAUGAUUCAAAUGAAUUGGUUUGUGUGUGUUUAUAAGAUCUGACUUCUAAGGGAUCUCAUACGUGGUAGGAAUCAUCAGAGAGUAAUGCUUGCAGCAGGAAAAUUUGAAAGGUUUUGAGAUUUCCUAAAGAAAGAGUAAGCACUUUGCUCAGUCAAUGUGCAAAUCUCAACAUUUGAUCAAAUUAACACUACCUCCUUCCCAGUGUUGGUGUUAACUCAUUAUAUGUUUAAGAGAAAUAAAAAUGUGGGAAAUAUGUAUACCAUAUCAUAAGUUAUAAAUGCUAUAUCUGGUAUCCAGAGCCUGACAGUAAAAAGUUUCUUGUGUUUGCUCCCUCUCCCUUUUUUGAGGUUAGCAUUUUAAAAAUGCAAAUCCUCUUGAAAUAAAUAAAUUAUCUCUAAUUGGAUUCCCUUCCCUUUGAAUGUGUUUUUUCCUCCUUAUUAAAGUCAGCUCUGAUCCCAAAUUAUAGUAUCUGAUAAUAUUGUCCUUACAUAGGUAAUGUUAGCUGAAAACUGUGUUUAUAUGGUUUUUAUUCAGAGCUUCUAUUCUUUUUAGUAAUUUCUGUACCCAGAGAUGAAUAGUCCUCCAUUUGAAGCUGCACUCACAGAAGCAACAUGCUUCAUAAUCUCAAGUCAAGGAUUUAUUGAUAAAUUGAAGUGUUUAACAUAGUCCUUAUUACUUUUGGCUGCCUAGACAUCAGGUAAAUACCAUUCAGUCCACUAAAGAAACUAUCCUGGAUACUCCCUCCAACUCCAUGAAUUUUUCCUCACCCUCUUUUCAAAAACUGAAAAAUUAUGACUAUCUUUUUCAGACCAUAAGGCAGACUUUAGUUACUUUCUGCUUCUGUAAGUACUAAAUGUCUAGCAUUUUAAACUUUUAUAGAAUACAUGUGUUGGACACUGGAAUAAUACUAUUUAUUUUCACCUGUGAAAAAUAACUUCAUUGUACUUGAAACACCUCCUUUGCAUUUCUCCAUUUGUGCCAUUCACUAGUGGAAAUAAAUUGUAUUAUACCAUCAUCUACUGGCUUUUUAAAACUGUGUUUAAUAUGCACAUUUUUGGUAUAGCUAUUAUCAUUUGUAUGUAUAUAUUGUAUAUACAUAUGAGUGUCUAUAUGUGUAUAGAUAGAUGGAUGUAACUCAUACUGUACAUUUCCAUCAGGGCGCUUAAGGUUCUGUUGUUUUUGUUUGGUUUUGUUAUUUCAGUCCUCAGUUAAGGCAAGAAUGCCAGUGCUUCUUACAAAUGAGUACUCUGGGUUGAUAUUUAUGAGAAGGUGAUCAUUAGAUGCAAUCUUUUCCUUUUUAAUCCCCUCUUAGCACUUGUGUGAGUGAAGAGAAAGUUAAGCAGAAUAUGGAACCAUAAUUUGCGAUUUAGUAAAAUAGUGCUGGGGAAGGAGCCAUUUCAUGUUGUGAUUCAAUAAAAGAUAAGUGAUGCGGAGAGAAAUGAACCAUAGCAAGUUAAGAACACUGGUGGUGAUUCCUCUGCAAAGAUGAUUUAAAAACCAAUAAAUCACAACCUUCUAUGUAGUCUCUAUACAUACUUCUUAGUAGUGAUGCCAUUGAUCCUCCUAUUCUUUUAUUCCAUUAAUAUUAAUAAUUAUAUAUUUUGAUGAGGAUCAGAAGAGCAAAGAGAAAUACUGCUAAAGUAUCUAACAUUCUCCUAAACUGUAAAGUCUACAGGAAAUGGCCACUGGGAGAGAGAAAUAUGGUAUUGGUGUGAGGUGCUUUCUCCUUUUAGCUGCCUCUUCUUGCUUGCUAAUAGUAAGUUCUUUGUGCACCUUCUACCCAUUCUGAGCCACUACUAUUCAAGCAGAGAUUUGGCCCAACACAGCAAUCCUUUCCUUGGAGGCUUAUAUAGUCCUGUGUUUUGUCCCAUGCUCACAAUGUGAAGUAUCUUAGUGUGUAGUCAAGUCAGAAAAUAAUGUAUGUAAGGUAUAUAAGUGUGAAUCUUCUAUACUGAUGGAAGAAGAGGAUUUCAUUUUGUAGAUAGAAAAGAGCCUUCUCUAAGGAGCAAGGUCAAAACUUGGGCUGUCAUCUUCGAGCUGCUUACCAAAAUACAGAUUGUUAUUGAAGAGAAACAAAAUCAGUUUUGUUUUCCCCAUCUAACUUAAGUGUCCCAACCAGGUUGUAGCACUGCCUUUUAAAAGGCAUUUACUCAUUCUUAGUUGUUAAGAACUGGACAUUUCCCACCCUCAGAUUCCUUAUAGAGUGAAGAGUGUUCUGUACACUUAGCAGACUUGCCUCUUGUAUGCAAGGACUACUGAUUGAAGUCUGUUUUGCUGUGUGUGGUUAUGUUGUCUGCACUUUGAUGAAAUCACUACAAAUAGGUCUACAUUGGAAAUGACUUUUAGUUUUAUUAAACACUGUCUGGAAAAAGAAAGUGAAGCUGAGAAAUCUUCCUUUAUUGUGUAUUUGUAUUUUCUACUGAAUUCUGGUAGCCCCCUGUAAAGUCAAGUUGACUAAUUUUUUCCUCAUUUAUAUUUAGACUUCAAAAUUUCAUUCAAACAAAGGAACAGAACCCAUUUGGCCUAAGAGUAGACUUCACAUCAUAAGAAAUUUUAUAAAUUAGUAUGCACCUUAUCUGCCUAUUGUGGGUUUCUUAAGCUUGCACUUCCACCCACCCAUAGAUAUCCUUUAGAGAGAAUAAAGGCAGAGAAUUACUGGGGAGCCAUUUACUAUGUCACCAUCACUGUUUGCCAGCUAUCCAAAUUUUGUAAAGCUUCCGAGAUUUGUGUGUGUGCGUGUGUAUCUGUUGGAGUGUAUUUUUUGUUUUGUUUUUAAAAAUACAAAGGGUUCUUUAAAAAGAGAAGAGGGUUAAAUUUGCUCUGAAAUGGCAGGAUGCCCACCAAACUUAGAAGUCUGAACAUCUGUAGGUAGUUUGCCAUGAAAAGUGGAAAGUGUGAUGUUAUGAGUGAAUGAAGAAGGGUAUCAAUAGCCCAAGGAUUUCCCCCAAAGUACGGGUAAUUCAACCUGCACAGUUUCCUUUCACUCAUAGUUUUUAGCAAUUAUGAGUGAAAAAUCCUGUAAUUAUCUGUAAAUAUGUAGCUAACAAAUUGACUUAGUUUCUGUAUUUUUUUGUUUUUGUACUAAAGUUUAUAGCUCUGUGCCCCUUAGAGAGGAGUUGCUGUCAUUGCCAGUUGUGGUCCUAGCAUCUAAUCCUGAAAUCAUCCUAGGUGACAUUUUUAGAAUUAAUGCCUAAGUGUUGUUACACAGGGAGAAAUGAAGCUUAAUCAUUGGUCAGGUUUGAAGUCUUUUAAAGCGAAAUAAUUUUAUUUAAUAUAAUGAUUACAUGUCCUCAGUCUGAAUGAGGUAAGGAACCGCCCUCCCCCAGUGGCCAUGUUUACAGAAGUGUGUUUUGUCUGUGAAGUGCAAGUGUUUGAAUGUUGAUGUAAAUUAUGCAAGUGAUAACAUUAUGGUUUGGGACUGUUUAUUGGGCUCUGUAACUGAAUUUGCAAAUGAAAUGAACUAUGCUUAUUGCUGGCACAUUGAUCCCAUUUCUGGAACAUUUGUCCUGAUUCCAGAGCUACAUAUAUUCCUUUUGCAUUAUCCCCACUUAACCUCCCUUUCUGUGAUAUGCCUUGUAGCCAAGGUAUUGAAGACUGGUGAACAUAGCUGAGGGAAAUGCAUUUCGUAAAAA